CGUGUGUGUGUAUAUAUAUACAUAUAUAUACAUAUGUGUAUUUGAAUAAAAUCCUCACCCUCUUCCCUCAAUAAUCAUUCCCCCAUGACCCCUCCUUUCUCUGUGAUGAUGGUACAGUCCUUAAACCACAUUGUCCUGCUGCUGCAGCACCUGCAAUUUAAUUAACACUGGCAAAGAAGGUGAGUUUGGAGGUAAGAGGUGUUAACAUUCAAAUACAGCCAAACUUUGCUUAUAGAAACUAGUUUUGCUUACUUUUGAUUAAGUUUGAUUACUUGUUGGUGUGUGUUUAAAACGUUAAGAUUGAUGACACAUUGGUUUGACCAGUUACAGGUUAAUGGUAGCAGUUUAAGCUAACGCUAGCGCUAAUGCUAGCGCUAAUGCUAGCGCUAAUGCUAGCUUCGUUUGGGAACAAAUGUCAGCUAUUAUCUUGCUUGUCGGGAAUUGUUAUUUAUUUAUUUUAUGAUUUUUGUUGCCAGAGUAUGCAUAUAAAUAAAUGAAGAUAUUGUGAAUGAUUUAAAUCUACCAUGCUGACUUGACUGUCAUGCUUCUAUGACAGGGCACAUGACUUGUGACCAAGGCCCUAGGCACUAAAGAAGGCAUAGAAACUGCAUGGCAGAAGGAUGAAUAUUCAAGAACUGUUUAAAAUGAAACCACUGUGUAAAAUAAUUUAUUUUUUCUCGCACAAAUGGAUAGACACAUUUAUAAGUUGAAUACACUAGGUCUAUUUUGGCAAUUUUGGCAAUUUGAAAUAAUUGCUGUAAUUAUUAAAUACUUGGCUUUAGCUAUACUGAACUUUUUCUUUUAUUUGUUCAUUAGUAUCAGGCUUUAUAGGCCAUGGCAUCAACAAGGCCCCGCAGAACAAAGAUAAAACCUAAAGAUGAGGCUGCAUAUUUUUCCUCCCUGUGUAAAGAUAAGGAUGGAUUUGAUAUUAAAUACAUAAAUUCCUUUAAAGGUCGAGGGGUGUUCAGCUGCUGCCACUUUAAAGAGGGAGACUUCCUUGUUGAAUACAGAGGGGAAUUAAUAACUAAACAUGAACAUGACAACAGGCAAAGAGUGUACCUUGAUGCACUUAAGGUUUUCAUGUUUGAGUUUCGUUUUAAUGGGAAACAGUUAUGUAUUGAUGCUUCCUGGGAGGACGGCUCCCUCGGUAGACUCAUCAAUGAUGAUCAUGUGAAUCCGAACAGCAAAAUGAAAACCAUCAAAGUUGAUGGAAAGCCCCAUCUGUGCUUGUUUGCACUAAGGGACAUCAAUCCAGGGGAAGAAAUCACGUAUAACUAUGGAGAGUCUGACUGGCCAUGGAGAUGCAAGACCUCAAGUGAGACUAAAAUUCACCCUGCUGAUGUGGCUGUGACAUCUGAUGCCCUCUCUGACAACAUUCAACAGACCUCAAGUGAGACUAAAAUUCACCCUGCUGAUGUGGCUGUGACAUCUGAUGCCCUCUCUGACAACAUUCAACAGAACUGUAAACAUGAGCUGACCUCCUCAGUGGUACCAAGCUUGGAAAAAUGUGCCAGUUGUAGAGGACCAUUUGCCUCCCUUAAGUGGCUUGGUGUGAGAUGUAAAGUUUGUUCCUGCUUCUGGCACAAGUCCUGUUAUUCUCAAAAUGUGAAGUCUAAUCUUGAACCCAUACCAUUCGUUAUACAAGAACGACAGUCAAGUGAAGAGGCAUCAUCAGAGGAGGAAUAUGUGCCUGAUUCUCUUAGUGACUCGGACAGUUCAUGGAUAACCACAAAAGAGCCUUUACCAUAUGUGCAGGACAAAGUCUCAGAAAUACAGAAUAUUGAAGUGACCUGCAGUGAGUCUGCAGUCUGCACAGUGCAGCCUGAAGACACAUCUGAAGACACAUCUGAAGACACAUCUGUUAUGGAUAACACAGAAACAAGUGCAGAUCUGCACAUACAGUCUUCAAAUGCAUCCUCUUUAGUAUGUCACAAAAAUUUCUGCUACAUUUGUGGAAAACCACAGUCAAAAUUAACACGUCACUUAAAAACCCAUGAGAAGACAGAUGUGGAGGUUGCUCGGAUUUUGGCACUGCCCCCAAACUCCAAAGAACGCAAUAAAAUGCUGAACAAACUACGGAACAAAGGGAACUACAAACACAAUACAGAGGUUUUAACUAAUGGGUCUGGAGUGCUAAAAGUUAAACGCCUGCCAAAGAAAAAGUACAAUUCAAAAGAUUAUGUGCACUGCAUGUAUUGCCAGGCCUUGUUUCUUCGAAAGGAUCUAUGGCGACAUGUUCGUAAAUGUCUUUCAAAACCAGUGGAAGCCAAUGUGGAGUCAGGAAGAACUCGGGUCUUGUCUUUGGCCACAAUGUCUAACUCAGCGCUGUGUCAACAGAUAUCCCAAGGUGUUUGGAAGCUGUUAGCUGUGAUGAAAGAUGAUGACAUUGCUGCUGCUGUGCGCAGUGACUUCUGCAUUCUUCAGCUGACCCAGUCAUUUUUCAAUAAACAUGGACAGGAUCCCACCAAAUAUGAGUAUAUUCGCCAGAAGAUCCGCGAAGUUGGAAGACUCCUACUGACACUGCGCAGAGAAUCUUCAGUAUAUACUCUUGAGGAUGCUGUAAGGCCAGCAAAUUUCAAUGUGGUUAUCCAGGCUGUCAAGAAGGUGGCUGGGUUUGAUGAAGAAAAUCACUGCUACAAAACUCCAAGCCUCGCACUUAAGUUGGGUCAUUCAUUGCAAAAGAUAUGUGACAUCAUACACUGCAGAGCUCUCAUGGCAGAAGACAGUACGCUGAUAAAGUCCACCCAGGCGUUCAAAACCCUUUAUACUAGAAAGUGGUCUGAACUUGUAUCACACACAGCUUUGACCACCUUGAAUGAGGGGCAUUUUAACAAGCCAUCGACUCUGCCUUUCACAGAGGAUGUGCAACGACUUCAUCAACAUCUUGAAAAGACUACAGGUUUAGCGUCUGAGAAGUUGGAAGAGACACCAACACCACAAGUUUAUGGUCAGCUUUGCAAAGGCACUCUUGCAAAAAUAAUAUUAUUCAACCGAAGGCGUGGAGGAGAAGUUGCAAAAAUGCAACUGAAAGGCUUCCUUGAGAGGGACACAACUGCUCUACAUAAAGAUGUUGCUGUUGGCCUCACAAAGUUUGAACAAAAACUUUGUGAACACUUCAGUCGUGUGGAAAUAAGGGGUAAAAGAGGACGCAAAGUUGCUGUGCUGCUAUCACCAGACAUGGUUGAUGCCUUAACACACCUCAUAAGCAAAAGAAAAGAAUGUGGCGUUCCAGAAGAAAACAAAUUCCUGUUCGCAAGACCUCAUUGUUUGUCUCCUUACAGAGGACAGGACUGUCUGAGGAUUUAUGCAAAUGAAUGUGGUGCUCAGAAUCCUGACCUCCUCAGGUCAACGCAGUUACGCAAACACAUUGCAACUUUAUCACAGGUCCUCAACCUCAAAAACCACGAGAUGGACCAAGUUGCUGACUUCCUAGGCCAUGAUAUCCGUGUCCAUAGAGAAUAUUACAGGCUUCCAGAGGCUACAACCCAGCUGGCCAAAAUAUCAAAACUACUUCUUGCCAUGGAGAAAGGGUCCCUAACAAAUCUUCAAGGCAAAACACUUGAAGAGAUUGAAAUUGAAGACAACCUAGACUUGGAUGAUUCAGGACAAAGUCAAGGCAGUGAGACGGAGGAGGAGGAGGAGGAGGAAGAGGAGUUGCCAACACGUUCGUCAUUGCCUAGACCUCCAUGCACCUCAGAUGAUAUUGACUCUGCCCCAGAAGGCACAUCUACAGUGGUUGAUGAUGAUGUUGAUAUCGCAGACAGAAUGGACCAAAAGCUCAGCAGGGCAAGUGAAGUACUUGAACAACCUGAGAUGAAGAGAGCCAAGCGACAUGAGGAAACUCCAUGCACCUCAGCUGUGUCACUUGAAAAUGUGCUGGAAAUGGAUGAGCCAAGAAGAAAAACGAAACAGCAGUGGUCUCCUAAAGAGGUGGCAGCAGUGAUGCGACAUUUUAAGCAACAUGUGACCAAGGGGAAACUAGCCACAACAAAGGAAUGUCAACAGUGCAAGACAGCUGAGCAUCCUACUCUGGCUAAUCGCACUCUUCAGAACAUCAGAGACUUUGUCAGGAAUCGUGGCGUAACUCUGAAAAGAAAAAGCAGUCACUGAACAGCUAUGUUUUAAAUGUUAGACAGUUAUUUUACAGUUUUUAGUUGUUAGGUAAAAGUGAUUCUACCUCAAUUUCAACCCAUGUAGGGUUAAACCUAACAAUUGUUUUCAUCAGUUCACCUGCUAAUUCUCAAUUAAUCAUUCAGUGGUUUGCUCCAGCAAACGUUGGUGGAUGUUUUUCAUUUGUUAUGUGUCCCUAUGAUGGACUGGCAAGCUGUCUAUGUUAUACCACUGUCAUAUGUCAGCUAGGAUUGGGCAUGCAGCCUCGUGACCCUCGUGGAGGAUAAAGUGUGUCUUGUUUUCCAUUGUCAAACUAGUUAACAUUUAACAGUUAUUCAUUUAAAUAUGUCAGUCAUGUUAAGCUGUGUUUGUCAUGGCUGUUGCUGGUUGAUGCAAGUAAAAAGGUGAUGUGAAAACCAAAUAAAUCUGGCUUCUCAUUCA